UAUCUUGCUAUAGGCGACCAAAUGCUACCGAUAGCCUUAACUUAUCGUGUUGGCGAAUCAACAGCACAUGCUGUUAUAAAAGAAACAUGUACAGCAAUAAUUACAGCAUUAUCACCUUUGCAUAUUUGUGUAUUCCAAAUGAAAAUGAAUGGAUAGAUAUUUGUGAAGGAUAUUUAGAAAAUUGGAAUUUUCCUAACUGCGUUGGUGCAUUAGACGGCAAACAUGUCCUAAUUCAAGCGCCACCAAAUUCUGGCAGCAUGUAUUAUAACUACAAAAAAACCUUCAGUAUAGUACUACUACCUGCGUGUGAUUAUAAAUAUAAAUUUACCUUAAUAGAUGUAGGUUCUUAUGGUAGUAAAUCUGAUAGUGGAGUUUUUACUCGUUCUAAUAUGUCAACUUCGCUUCGAAAUAACACUUUGCAUUUGCCAAAAGGUACUGCAAAAUUACCUGGUUCUAAUUUACAAAGUCCAUGUUUUUUUGUUGCCUUUCCUCUUACAGAAAAUAUAAUGAAACCAUAUUCACAAAGACAUCUUUCUGUUAAAGAAUUUUAAUUACAGACUUUCCCGGGCUAGAUGUACUAUUGAAAACGCUUUCGGAAUCUUAACGGCUCGGUGAAGAAUUUUUCGAAAAUCCAUUGCUGUUAAUCCUUGUACUGUAGACAAUAUAAUUGUAAGUGCUAUCUGUCUUCAUAAUUUCCUAAAAACAAUUAAUGACAAACAAUGUUCAGUUAAGAAAAUUUAUUGUCCACCAAAUUGUGAAGAUAAAAAUGGUAAUUUGAUACCAGGAACUUGGAGAUUUGGCGAAAAGAUCAAUAUGCAAGCUAUAAGAAAAAUGCCUCCUUGUCGAGCUAUACAAAAAGCAUUUGAACAACGAAACAAUUUGGCUGACUAUUUUUUAACUUCAGAAGGCGAAGUGCCAUGGCAAUGUGAAUACAUUGAAAGAGGACGACAUGCUAC